ACAUGGGCGUUCAGACUUUCAAACUUCAGUAGAGGAAGACAAGAAUUUCAUGGUUCAGUCUCUGCAGUUACAGUGUUAUUUAAAGUAACACUAGUUUAACUGUCAGUUUUUAGAAAAAUAAAUAAAGCACAUCUUUGUAGAAUACUUAUUUUUCUCGAGCGGUCUACAAAACCUCCCAAAAAUAUAUGAACGCUUUCUAUAUUUCUAUAUAUGAACUUUCUAACUUGGUGAAAGCUCGCUACGAAACAGGUAAUGGCAAUGGACGCGACCAAGUUUCCGCCCCACGAAGGCCCGGUCUUGUCAGUGGUUGACAUGCAUACGGGGGGAGAACCGCUGCGGAUCAUCAUGAGCGGGUAUCCGGAGUUGAUGGGAGACAGCGUCCUCGCUAAACGGCGCUACGUCCGGGAGAACCUGGACCAUCUCCGGAAAGUACUCAUGUUCGAGCCAAGGGGUCAUUAUGACAUGUAUGGCGCCUUGAUUGUGCAGAGCGAGAUUGGCGAAGCAGACCUGGGGGUGCUCUUCAUGCACAACCAGGGCUACAGCACUAUGUGCGGCCAUGCUGUUAUUGCGCUUGGCCGAUUUGCGGUGGACUAUGGCCUUAUUAAAGCGCCAGUUUCACCCGAGACGCAGGUGAACAUCCACUGCCCGUGUGGGUUGGUGAAGGCUUUUGUCGAAUAUGCUGACGGGAAAACAGGAGGCGUGCGGUUUCAUAGUGUGCCUGCGUUUGCUUUUCGAACAGAUGUUACGGUUUCUGUUCCGGGACACGGGGAUGUGGUGGUGGACAUAAGUUACGGGGGGGCGUUCUACGCCUUCGUCAGUGCCGAGAGGUUCGGGCUGGACGUGAGGACCUCCAGGACCCGGGACCUUGUGGACGUCGCCACCGCAGUGACCAACGCUGUCAAGUCUCAGGUUCAGCUCCACCACCCCAGCAGCCCAGACCUGGCGUUCCUGUACGGCACGAUCCUCACCGACGGAAAGGACGCGUUCUCCGAGGAGCCGACCGCCAACGUGUGCGUGUUCGCCGACGCUCAGGUUGAUCGAAGCCCCACAGGGUCAGGAGUGACCGCCCGCAUCGCCUUGCAGCACCACAGAGGUCUGAUUCAGCUCGGCCAAUCCCGAGUCUUUCAGAGCGGGGCCACCGGCUCCCUCUUCACCGGCAAAGCGGUGCAGGAAGCCAGCUGCGGCGAGUUUAAGUCGGUCGUGGUCGAGGUCGCUGGCCGUGCUCAUUACACUGGGGUUUCAAGCUUCGUCCAGGAAGGCGAUGACAACCUGAGCGGUGGUUUUCUCCUGAAGUGAACUCAGUAUGGCAACACCUGGCCGCUACGACAGUCUUCAGAUAUAUACUGGGAAAAACAAAAGUAGGACAGUGGAUAUUGUUCAAGCAUAUCAUGAACAAUUGUAAUCAUGUGAAUCAUUUUUGCAGGGUUGCAAACCGUCCUUGAUGUACAUUUUCCCUGUGCCGCGAACACCGUAGCUUGGAUUCAGUCAACAUUACUCCUUAAUUUUGAUUUGAUUUGCAUCAAAAAAAGAGUCUUGGACAGCUCAGUAAUAACACUUGUCAAAUUCCUGUCAAAAAUUGUGGUACUCCCAUAUGUUUGUACAUCAAAGAUAAUGAAAAGGCUUACUGAUUCCCAGCUGAUUUAUGCCAAGCGAUGGGAGAGUGAUUUUUCAUGACCCACAAAAUGGCUAUAUUGUUCUUGCCGUUCAUCACUGUCUCCUGUGAUAGAAUCAAAAUACUUAUCUUUCUAGGGAAGCACCGUGAUUGGUUUAAAUCAACGAGCCGCUGAUGGUGCGUGACAGCUCCACCCACUUUGUAGGUCAUGAAGCCUUUUGUUCUCCUGUAUCUGCUCUGUUGAAACCCAAAAUUUAAACGAUACAGAAAUAUUCUUCCCCACAUUCUGAUGGGGUUAGUAAGAUCUCGCUUAAGGAAAGUUGAAAUCCUACAUGAAAGCUCUGUGCUUUGUUCCGCUUAUCUCAUCUUCUGAACAUCUGUCAUGACAGAUGUCCACAACUACAGUAGAAAGGGAGAUUAUAUGGUUGAUUAUGUGCAUACAGUGCCCUCUGGAAUUGUUGGCACUCUUGGUAAAGAUGAGGAAAAAAAGGCUAUGAAAAAAUUAUAAAUGUUCUUUAAAAGGUUGAUCUAACGUGUAAUUAACUGAAUAAUUAAUCAUUCAAAGGAGAAAAAUGUGCAUGAAGGCAAAUGUGUUUUGCCUCUACACACAGUGAGGAGAAUGGCCACAAAAUUCUCCUGGGAUCACAGUUGGAAAAUUGCUGAAGUUGGUAGCAUCUUGGGGUCAUCAAGUCUCCAAAACUACCGUUAGAUGCCACCUCGGUGUUAGCAAGCCAUUUGGAUGAAGGCUUGGCAGAAGAAAACAUCUACUGUCGUCAAAUGGCAAGUUGGCUCAAGGUCAUUGGAGCUUUUAUUUGGGCUCCUAAUCCCCACUGAGACACUGCUGUCUCUGGUGUCUCUGUCUCUGCUGGUGAAUAUAUGACAUUGUGGGGCCAUUUUGCUUCUGAAAGCCUUGGGAACUUUGUUAGAAUUCAUGGAAUCGUGGACUGUGUCAAGUGCCAGGAGAUUUAAGACCAAAAUCCGGCUGCCCCUGUCAAAAGAUUAAUUUGGUCACAGUCAGAUCUUACAGCUGGAUAAUGAUCCAGAGUAUUCCUCCAAAUCUACAAAAAGAUUAACUGACCACAGAAUCAAGCUUUUGCAAUGGCUAUCCCAGUCCUAAACAUAAACCCUAAACCCCAUUUAAAAAUGUGGGGUGAACUGAAGAAGGUGGUCCACAAGGGAAGACCCAGGACAAGGACGGAUCUAGAGAUAUUCUUCAUGGAAGAAUGGUCUCUGAUCUUUUGCUAUGUGUUCUGUCAUUUCAUUAGCAAUGGUAUGGUAUCACAAUAAGAUUAUAUAAUUUUCAUUUUGCAAAACACAGAACAUCUUUUAAUCACCAAUUUAUUCUUUAUAUUAAUUCAUGUUCAUAUUAAUUGAGGAUGUCAGUCAUUUUGGAUAGGACUAUCUGUUAUGUACUGCCAUAGCUUUAUUUGUAUGUGCCCAGCCCAACAGGACCUGGAUUUCAACCUUUGACCAAUGGGCUUUUAUAGAGUUUAAACUCUCUGUACUUAUGUCAUCUAAUCUAACUGAAAUCUCUGACAAUAAUCUAUGCUCAUUGUUGGUUGUUUAUCUUGAGUAUCUGACUGUCAGUCGUCAUAUGACAAACAUACUGUUGCCCACUUAGUGCAGUGCAUAAAUAGUUAUUUGAUGUAAUCAGUGAAGGUUGGGCAGCAAGGGUUACAAUGUUACAACAGAGCGAUUCUGAAGAAUGUCCAUUCCAAGUGGUACCUCACAUUUCACAUUAGCUGAUGCUUGUCUGUGGGUAAAUUACAAUAUGCAAUAAAAACCUUACAUGCGA